ACAUGACUGCAAGGAUCCUCUUGCGGUCCCGAUGGGCCGUGGCUUUUGCUUUGCUCACUAUCUUUGUAAGCGUUUCCGAAACGUGGAUUAACGAUAGGCCGGUUCUAGAAGUUCGUGACGGAAAUCUCUUCAUCACUAGUGCCCAAGAUAAGAACAUCACUUUACAGACUCGCGGUGCGAGCUACGUCACCGUGAACGGACUUAAUCUGGUACAGGUCGCGUCGUCGGCGUACAACGCUUCGAAAUUAGUGGAAACAUGGAAAUACGGAAUCCUCGGAGAUGUCGAGUCCAAGCUCCAAGAGAUAAGAGGAACGAUAUACGACGAUCGCUCUGGUCUAGUGAGCAGAAUUAGUGCCAUUGAAUUAGGCACUAGACAGAACGCUACCGUUAGUAUUUCUCUUGCAAUGGUCGUCAACGAUGGACGCGAUAGUCUUACCGAUUUUGCACGAACUCGAAUUCAGCGGCUCACCGUACGAGUGCGUCGAACGGAACGCCAGAUCAGAGAUAUCCUGAACAAGUUGCAAACCGAUGAGUGUGAAAGUAAUCCUUGCCAGAAUGGCGGUACUUGCGAGGAUUUAAUAGACGGGUAUAAAUGCCGCUGCACGGAAGGUUGGGAGGGACCGCAGUGCACUAGGGAUAUUGAUGAAUGCACCAGGUACCACGGAACUGAUUUAGGAUGUCAGAACAAUGCUGUCUGUACAAAUCUUCCUGGAACUUAUGGAUGCGUCUGUACAUCAGGAUGGUACGGUACUCACUGCAAGACACGGACAAAAGUAUGCAACAGAGAAAACUCAAACGAACUUUGCGGGCACGGCGUCUGCGUUGAAAGUGAUACAUUACUUGGUUACUCUUGCUCGUGCGACGAGGGCUGGACUAGCACCAGUGCAAAUCCGGCUUGUGUCCAAGACGUCGACGAGUGUGCCGCCAAGCAUCCUCCAUGCUCCGUCAGUCCCAUGGUGCCGUGCAUCAACGUGCCUGGGGGCUUUCACUGCGGAUCGUGUCCUCAGGGCUUUACAGGAAACGGGUACUACUGCGCGGAUAUCGAUGAGUGUCUUACUAACAACGGUGGUUGCAGUCUUUCACCCUUAGUGCGGUGCUUCAAUACAAUGGGGUCAAGGAUGUGCGCGCCGUGUCCAACUGGUUAUGAAGGUGAUGGAGUGACCUGCAACUACGUCGGACGUUGCAGAAUAAACAAUGGCGGUUGUCAUCCGUUAGCGACAUGCAUCAAUAGCCCAGGGAUGGGCGACUGGUCCGUUCAAUGUCGCUGUCCGGCAGGAUAUCGCGGUAAUGGAAUGGGACCAAAUGGUUGCGAGGUAGGAUCCGAUGUUUUGAGCCCUUCGACCUGUACCAGCAACCCCUGCAGCCACGGAACUUGCAUUUCGAACGGGCCUUAUGAUUACACGUGUCGAUGUGAAUCUGGAUAUACCGGAAGAAACUGCGAUACCAAAGCGAAUCCUUGCGAUCCUAAUCCUUGCCGAAAUCGAGGGACAUGCACUGUUUCUACAAGACAACGACCAAUUUGUGUGUGCACCGGAAGCUUUACUGGACCCCAGUGUGAAACUCCCACGGAGACCUGUGGGGGAUUUAUUGAGGAUCCAGCAGGAAUUUUGCAAUUCCCCAGUGACGGUAGUAAGUAUCCAAAUGGCUUGAGCUGCGCCUGGGUUCUUGGCGCCGAUGAAAACAAAGUUUUGAAUGUCACCUUCACGGCGUUCGACCUUGAAUCUUCCACGGAUUGUCAGACCGAUUACCUUCAGAUUCACGACGGCCGCACAGCUGGAGAACACUCGAUCGGAAGAUACUGUGGCGUGAACUUACCCAGAAAUGGAACUAUAAUCUCAUCUGACAGGUAUUUAUACCUUUGGUUCCACUCGGACGGAAGCUCAGCUUACGACGGAUUCACCAUGAACUGGACGUCGAUAGACCCGCAAUGUGGAGGUGAGAUGAGUGCAAGUUUCGGUAAGAUAAUCUCUCCGGGAUGGUCGCACAGAUAUCCGCCAAACAGAGACUGCCGGUGGCACGUUAUCGUCAACCCUGGAAAACGAAUUCAAUUCCAUUUCUACACAAUAAUGCUGGAGGAGAGUCCUACCUGCCAGAAAGAUUAUCUCAAGAUUAUGGAUGGGCCAGGCGACAGAAGCCAACAGUUGGGACUAUUCUGUAACCACACCAAUCCACCACAACUUGUGACAUCUGGAUCGGAAGCUUGGAUUCAUUUUCACUCCGAUGAUUCAGGACAAGACGUCGGUUUUGAAAUCGGUUUCUCGACCAUUGAAGGAUCGCCGGGAUGCGGAGGCAUUUAUACAACUCCUUCUGGCACCAUCACUUCACCCAAUUUCGAGACUCGGUACGAUCGAAACUUGGAUUGUGAGUGGAGAAUUCAAAUACCGGUUGGAGAACGAAUCAAGAUAACAUGGGUCAGCUUUGACGUCGAGACUUCCACUGGCUGCAGGUGGGAUUUUGUCGAGGUGCGGGAAGGGGUGGACAUAAGAGGUCCGUUGAUUGGGAGGUAUUGCGGUUCCAUGCUGCCGCAGUCUAUACGAUCUGAAUCAAAUGUUGUACUGAUAAGAUUCAAAAGUGAUGCGAGUCGUCAGGAGAAAGGAUUCAAACUAAAUUACGAGGUUAAUUGCGGCGGACAAUUUGUUGACCCCACGGGUGUUUUGAAAUCCCCUUACUAUCCGAAUCCUUAUCCGGCCUCGAGGACAUGCAUUUACGAAAUAAUACAGCAAACUGGGAAAGCUAUAAGAUUGACUAUCAAGGCUAUGGAUAUUGAGGGUCCAGCGAGAUUCCGUUGCCGCUUCGAUUACUUGGAAGUCCACGAUGGUAACAGUGAGAAGGCGACAAAAAUCGGAACCUACUGUGGCACAAACGCAUCGAUUCCCUAUUUCCCCAUUUUGUCAACGCACAAUCAUAUGUGGAUUAAGUUUAAGACAGACGCCAGCGUUCACAAACGAGGAUUCAUGGCUACCUACGACGUUGUCGAUAUUAGGUGUGGAGGUAUCUUUACAGCGACAACGGGUAUAAUUCAGUCCCCUUCUGACAAUGGAAAAUACGGGAACAACGAGGAAUGCACCUGGAUCAUUCAGGCACCCCCAGGAUUUAUUGUGCGGCUUAAUUGGCACAUAUUUGAUCUGGAAUCGCAUCGAGCCUGCUACCACGAUUAUGUCAGAGUAUACGAUUACACGGUAAUGGACGUAAAACAGGAAAUAGGAACGUUCUGCGGAAAAAAACUACCGCACGUGAUGACUACACAAUCGCGAAUGAUGUCAAUCAACUUUCAUACAGAUUCUUCUGGUAGGAGUGACGGAUUCAUGGCUGUGUAUACAUUUAUCGAUGCUUCAAGAUCCUGUGGCGGACACUUGUCGACGCUGACAGGCGUUAUUAAGUCGCCAGGUCAUCCCCAGCCCUAUCCGGAGAACAGAGUAUGCGAAUGGUUCAUCUAUGCUCCUAGCAGGCACCAAGUCGUAUUGAAUGUUAGGAAUUUCAGUAUCGAGGCGGACUCAUCGUGCAGAUCUGACAGUCUCGAAAUUAGAAACGGAGGCUCGAAAUCAUCUCCCCUGAUUGGAAAAUACUGCGGAACAGAAAUACCGAAGCUAAUUUCGACCUUCGGCAAUCAGAUGUACCUGAGAUUUACAUCUGAUAACUCAAGAAGUGGAGCCGGUUUCCUCAUAGAAUGGGAUAGCAACCCAGUUGGUUGCGGGGGUACUUCGACAACCUCCAGUGGAUCGAUCAUUUCUCCUAAUUACCCUGAACCGUAUCAUGACCUCGCUGAAUGUCACUGGGAUUUUAGAGUUGCUCACGGCAGCGUUAUUCAAUUUAUCAUCGUGGAUCUCCAGCUCGAAGAACAUAACCAAUGUCGAUAUGAUUUUAUCGAAAUUACUGAAGGGGUUCCUGGACACACGAAAAGCUUGGGAAAAUACUGCAGCAGUGAUCAUCCUAUCUACAUACAGACCACAACGAAUGUAGCAAGUAUUCGUUUCCGUGCUGAUAUCGAAAACGCCGGUCGUGGUUUUCAGAUAAACUACCAAACUCUCUGCCACCGCAUACUUAAGGGAUUCCGAGGAGUGAUUGAAUCGCCAAAUUUCCCGAACAAUUACCCACACCGAGAAAACUGUAGCUGGGUGAUCGAGGCACCCCUGGGCAACAAGAUAAAUGCGACCUUUUCUCACUUUGACUUGGAAGCAGGGCUCGAAGACUCUUGCGAUUUCGAUUACCUAAAAGUAACCGAGGGGGACCACAAUGUGUCGACAAAAUUUAUCAACAAAUACUGUGGCAUGGAACUUCCACCCAAGAUAGUAUCUACUCAACGUCAGGUCUUUCUUCAAUUUUAUUCCGACAGCUACAGUGCAAGUAAUGGAUUCCGGCUUGAAUGGAUUGUCAACGGUUGCGGUGGUCUCUUAACUAGUCCACAAGGUACGAUCACAUCUCCAGGAUGGCCCGGGCCGUACCCAGCGGAUAUUGAAUGCCUUUGGCACAUAGUGGUGGACUAUUCUCAAAGUAUAGAACUUCAGUUGGUUAAAGUCGACAUGGAAAAGACGUCGGAAUGCGGAGCUGAUCAUUUAAGCGUGUACAACGGAGCAGACGACAAAGCGAUACAGCUGAUAGAAACAUGCCAAGUGUCCAGCCCGCAGACACUUACCAGUACAGGAAAUCAAAUGUUCAUCAAAUUUUUCACCGACUCCUCAUUCGAACUCUCGGGAUUCAAAGCUACUUAUAAAAGCAUUCCUAUCGAAUGCGGCGGUAAAUUUACCACAUCUACUGGAGUCAUACAUUCCAAAAACUAUCCGUUGAAUUAUCCAGCAAAUCAGAGCUGCGAGUGGCUCAUUCAAAUUGCUGAAAACCACCUUGUCAAUCUGACAUUCCUCGACUUUGAUUUAGCGUCGACAACUAACUGUAGCGACGAUUAUUUUAAGAUUUACGAUGGUUCAACGCGAGAUUCGCGCCUACUGGCAACUCAUUGCGACAAUCGACUACCUCCGUCUUAUAUUUCCUCGAGCAACAGUCUUUUAGUAGUCAUGAGAACAGACCCCUACAUCCAGGCGAAGGGUUUCAAAGCAAGAUAUGAUAUGGCAUGCGGCGCACGCAUUGUCACCCGUGAGGCCGGAAUUAUCAGGAUGGAUCCUACAGUCGGCUUACAUACGCACAUAGAGAACUGCACGUGGACCAUUAUAGCCGAAGAUCCAGCGGAUCAUGUCACGUUAACGCUAACGGACAUGAGAGUACUGACAUCGAUCACUAGCGAUGAGUGCAUGGAACUUUCUAUAAAGGUUUUCGAGGGCGAAGCAACCGAUGGACCAUUGUUGGGCACCUGGUGCGGGACUAAAGUUCCACCGCCAAUAACAAGUCAUGGAAAUGUAUUAAGUAUCCAGGCCAGAUCUCAGUUGCUUGAGUACGGCUCAUUGUACAUGGCAAGGUUUACAGGGGCUUACUCUGUCCUCAACACAGCUUGCGGAGGUACUUACACAUCGGAACACGGAGCGAUUGCCACACCUGGACGUCCAGGAAAUUACCCCCGAGGCGUGGAAUGUGAAUGGAGCAUUCAAACAUCACCGGGAAACCCGAUAAGCUUGUCAUUCCGGGAGUUCCAUCUGACUGAAAGUGAAAACUGUAAUUUGGAUUACGUCGAGGUACGGGAAGUGAAUGCGGCUGGAAGACUACUCGAUGUUUAUUGCGGUGAAAACGCGAGCACGAUAAUUUCGCAAAAAAAUUUAUGGGUCAAGUUUCAAAGUAGUGCUGAAGAUACGAAUAAAGGAUUCGUAGCUGAUUAUAGCAUUCUACCUGGAAAUUUGGAGCUCUCAGGACCUACUGGAGACAUUGCGUCUCCGUUGUAUCCACAAUUAUGCGUUCUGGAAGGAGAAUAUUUCUGGCGAAUUACCGUUGAUAGCGGAUUUACGAUACAAAUUACCUUCAAAGAUUUCUCCAUCGAAAGAUAUGGAGAAGAAUGUUACAUUGCACUUACUAUUUACGACGGAUAUAACGAAGAUGCUCCGGUUUUGAUGAGCAAGUGUGGUAUGAUAUUGCCGGGUAUGGUACGAACUUCCAGUAAUAUAGUUUACAUCAAGUUCGAUCAUACGAUCUUAUUACAAGAAGGUAGCAAGUUUUCUUUAAGCUGGUUGCAAGUUCCCAGAAGUGAUGGUGACGGAAUUUCUAUUUCGGGUAAAGUGGUCGCGUUGACUGCUCCGAGAAACAACAGCUACACUUUCAACUCACCCGGUUGGCCAAAUGGUUACAAAUCGGAUCUCGACUGCGUCUGGACCAUCGAGUCGGUUCCUGGAACACACUUGGCAAUAAAGUUUAACAGUUUUGAGCUGGAAGAAACUGAGAAUUGCAUUGCAGAUCAAGUUAAAAUUUAUACAGGAAACUCUCUGACAUCUCAGCAGCAGUGGACACAGACAGGAAACUUUUGCUACCGCAAUACUACUGGCACAACUAUAGAAGCAUCAAAUUUAAUGAAAAUCGAAUUUAAGACCGAUGUAUACGGAAAUAAAACCGGAUUCACGGCUAUAGUUCGGAGAGUGUGUGGUGGUGAGCUGUACGGACCGAACGGAGUCAUAGAAGUUAAUCGAACAACGGAUUCUGACCAUAAUAAUAGAUGGUGGAAUCAUCUAUGCGAAUGGAAGGUCACCGUAAGGCGAGGGAAAACCAUUGAAGUGAAGUUUACCGAUUUAAACAUACCGAGAAACGACGGUGUUGCAUGCGCGGAAGCCUAUGUUAUGUUGAAAAACGGCGACGCAGUCUCGUCUCCUCUCCUUGGCCAUGGCAAAUAUUGCGGUACCACACUUCCUGCUCAGAGUUUGCAAACAACUGGGAAUUCACUUUAUGUUAAGUUCACUGGCUCCAAGAUGCGUGAUCUCUUCAAACUCACGUACAGGGAGGUGGGAAUAAAUUGUGGCGGUGACAUCCUCCUAUCGAAGGAAAACCAAAGUAUUAAUAUAAGUAGUCCAAACUACCCGAACAUUCCAAAUCCAUAUACCGAGUGUUUCUGGACAAUAAUGGCACCGGGUGGGGAACUGAUCUCGAUUCAUUUCCUAGAGAGAUUCGAUCUUACCCACGAUCCUGACUGCAAUAAGGAAUAUCUUGAAAUCAGAGACGGAGGAACUGAGUUAUCGACGUCCUUGGGACGAUUCUGUAACGGGAAACCAUCCAGCUUGACCACGACCGGAAAUGCCAUGUAUCUUCAUUUUUAUACCGACGUACCUGAACCUAAGAAUGGUUUCAAGGCUACAGUGAACACUGGCAAUCAUUGUAACAGAAUUAUACGAAGCUCACGAGGAGAGCUACAAUCACCUCGUUAUCCGCACCCCUAUCCAACUGGUUAUCACUGUAAAUGGACCAUCAUCGGCGUUCCUACUCACACAAUAAAGCUGCAAUUUUUAGAACUCGAUUUACCAAGCAGAACGAAUUGCAGCCUCACUGACCACGUUGAAAUUAUCGAUUACGUAACAAACAGCUGGAACGGCCCUGAGAUGAAUAGCAGCAUUGGUAAAUAUUGCGGUGAUUCAAAGCCUGAAAUAAUUCAAACAUCGGGAAACAAAGCAGAGGUUAUUUUCACAAGCGAUCAAGAACCGUCCACUAGGUUUACAGGAUUCAAAAUCAACUUUACUAUUUCUAAAGAAGCAUGUGGCGGUAAGCUCGUUGGCGAAGCUGGUGAUUUUACAUCACCUGGGUACCCUCGUCCUCCGGGUGCAAGAUACAGAUUUUGUUGGUGGCAGAUAACAGUGCCAGACGGAUAUCGUGUUCAAGUCGACCUAAUUGAUUUUAACCCACCCACGACUAGAUACGGACGCUACCAUCUCAUGUUAGAACCGGGGAUUACAUUUUUGAAUGCUUUCGAUUAUGGAAGUCGGAUUGGAAAGGCCUCCAGCACCCAAACGCAGAGGCAAUUUCGCAGUAGCGGCAACACGAUGCUUGUUCACUACUGGGCAGGCCGAGAGGCCAUGAGCGGUUUUAAAGCUCAUUACAGUAGCAUUGCUCCUGCACUAUGUGGUGGCAAACUAACAGACGGUCAGGGUACUCUAAUUUCCCAUGGCGAUUCUAUUUACAAUAUGACAAACUUUUAUUGCAAAUGGACACUUCAAUCGCCUUUCAUCAAUUCAACGGAACAAACACUUGCAUUGAACAUGUCAGGAACGAUUGGUAUACGAAACGUUCGGAUCAAUAACUUUUACCGUUGUUCACAAUAUGUCCCCAGACUGCAAGUAACCGAUAGUGUCAAAUUUUCAAUCGGUGAUGCUUGUGGAAAUAUAGACGGUGUUACCUUACGAAGUCCGUCACCAAGUAAUAUAAUCCUGUUACGAAGUGAAAACAACUAUUUUAUGAGCCGAGCAACAGAAAGAUUACCGGUAAAUGCUACGAUUAGCUACCGCUGGAAUCAGUGUGGUGGAUUGCUGGGCGGCCCAUAUCAAACAAUUACUGCACCAAAAAAUCGAACUUACCCGAUAGAUUGCGUCUGGCGAAUAGAGUAUCCGGAUGCAGGAGACAAAAUUUUGAUGACUUUUAAAAAAUUGAAUCUUACAGGAUGCGACCGGAAUUACAUUACUAUAAGAAAUGGAGGUCCGAAGUCACCGGAGUUGCCCAAAUAUUGUGGAUCAACCAUACGGAAUACUACAUUGUCAAGUUCUAACAAAUUGUGGAUCGUGUAUCACGCCGAAGACCCGGGUGACUUUGAACUGCAGUUGGACACAUAUGAUCCCCCUUGCAGUAUGGAGUACAUGAGAAACCGUGGAGAGAUUUCCAGUCCUAAGUUCCCAAUAACACAGUAUCCGAAUAAUGCAGAGUGCUCGUGGAAUAUAACAGUAGAUCCCGGAUAUCACAUUGGAUUAGAGUUUGUAGACCGGUUCCAGCUGGAACAAAGUGCAGACUGUGCCAAGGACUUCGUCCAGGUGUUCGAUUGGCGCGAGGAUCCUACAACCGGGGUUACUUCGUUGUAUCCUUACCCGAAACUAUGCGGUAGAUCAAUGCCUCAGCCGCUGAACUCAACUUCGAAUCGCAUGAGAGUUUUGUUCCGGUCAAAUGAUAAGAUUCAAGGGGACGGAUUCCGUGCAAGAUGGAAUGUCAAUUGCGGUGGAACCAUAUUAGUAACGAAGCAAAGGAAGUAUCUCACUUCGCCCGGGUGGCCCGGAUCGUACGGAGCAAACCUGUUCUGUAACUAUACGUUUUUAGCGCCGGGAAAGAACAUUAUUGUGCGGUUUGUUCAAUUCACUAUGGGAUAUUCAGUCGGGAUCGAUGCAUGUAAGAACGACAAACUAACUAUAAUAACGAGCAAUGGAUAUAGAAGGGAGGCUAAUUCAUGGUGUGGUACUGAUAUUCCACCUGUACAAAGAGUUGAUUCACGAUUGGAAAUGCAUUUAUCAACGAAUGCAUGGAUGCAAUUGGGGAGAUUCAAAUUAGAAUAUUAUGUCGACGAAUGCGGUGGUGUGAUAACUAGCCCUACUGACAUAAGCUCACCUUCACUAGAUGAUAGUGGUACUUAUUACGGAAGAAUUAAUUGUACUUGGAUCGUACAGGCUCCGCCUGGAAAAAGUAUUAUCCUCAGAAUUGAAAGCUUCGAUCUUGAAACCAGUACCAGGUGCUUGUACGACUACCUAGCUGUGUACUCGACCCGAACUACGGAGAAAGAAAACAGGUUAAUCCUACUAUGUGGUACGUCGAUCGGAAACCCCGCAAUCAGAUCAACAACUGGUAUCAUGAACAUAAACUUUGUUACGGACGCUCACGAUCACAGAAAUGGCUUCAAAGCAAAGGUUCUAUUCACUACCGGUAUCGCGAAUGGCUGUGGGGGUGAUAUCGAUCUUUCAGGAUCACAAACUUUCCGAACACAAAAUAAUGCGACCUACAAUUCUUUGGAAGAUUGUCACUGGUCUAUUCGAGCGCCGAGCGAUAAUUACAUUAAAUUCACGAUUACCAGCAUGGAUUUGAAAAAUGCAACAUUUCCAGCGGGUGAAAACAGGACAGCAAGUGCGUCAUGCUCUGGCGACUAUCUGGAGAUACGCGACGGAUUGGGUCCGUAUUCCCAACUGGUCGGCCAAUACUGUGGAAAUGUUAUUCCACCACCUAUAACGUCGUCGACAAAUAGAAUGUGGAUCAGAUUUGUGACCGAUAGUACACUAAACGGCAAUGGCGUGACUGCAACGCUUGAAGCACUCCCUACUCCUUGCGGCAAUACAAAUCUGUUGAUUCAAAAUUAUACUCAAGAAUUGAAAUCACCGAACUUUCCGCACGGGUACGAUGCUGGAUUGAGAUGUCGCUGGUUCUUGUCUUACCCGGAUAGAACCUCAAGAUAUUGGAAUAGUUUGACCAUACACUUCAAGGAAUUCGACUUGGAGAGUUCUGAGAAUUGUAAUAACGAGAAGCUGAUCAUCCAUGAUAAAAACGCUGAUGCCCACAUCAGUGAAGGUUUUGGGGAAAACUUGGUAUACGGCGGUAGAAGACGGUCAAGUAGAUACUCCUGGCUGAAUUGGCGUGUAACACAGGAAACUUAUUCAUACUGUGGAAGCGAUCUACCAUUCGAUUUUCACAGCUAUGGAAGCGGUGUUGAAAUCACUUUUGAAUCGUCCCAAAAUCCAAAAGAAAGACACAGAGGAUUUAGGCUCGAAUACGGCGAGAGCGUUUGUAAUAGAAAUUUCACUCGUCCUCAAGGACGCAUUUUUCAACGCAGUUCGAAGGAGUGUUUCUUCACGAUAACAGCUCCAGAGAAUUCCACUAUUUCACUUUACUUUAACAGCGUUUCCGGGUUAUACGGUGACGAUUGUCCUAGUAAAGCGUUACAGGUACAUGAUGGAAGUUUCAGCAAUACCACCUUGGCUCAGUUGUGCGGUAACACCAUACCGAAUCCUAUCUUCAGUUCGGGGAACAAACUGAGCUUGCAUUCGUUCAGACAAUAUUACGACAUAACAUACACGAUGACUGACAAAGGAAGAGGCUGCGGAGGGAAGCUUUACAAUAGAAUAGGUCGCUUCACAUCCCCAUUGUAUCCGGGACCGUUCCGGAACGCGAGCGAAUGCACUUGGGACGUGACUGUGCCAACGGGUUUUGUUGUGGAUCUAUACUUCAGGGCGUUUGACCUUGGACUGAGGGAAACCUGCUCGUCGGAUGUUUUAGAAAUUUAUAAUGUACAGCCUGAUGGACAGGAACUAUUCGUGAAAAGUUACUGUGGGGAGGACAACCCAACUCCGUACCGUUCCUCGAAUUAUAGAAUAUUGGUAAGGUACAAGACAUCGAUGAAUAACGGAGGUAUGGGCUGGAUUAUUGAAUUCAAAGCACGUCGUCAUGAGUAACGAACCAGCGCUAAACCGUCUCUGCACAAUCAGCAACCAUUCCACACUUUGUGCUGAUACGAACUUGAACACAA